AUGACAAAGAUGAUGAUCCAGAGGGAAGAAGAGAACGCAUAUGAUGAGCACAUCAAAUGGUUACAACAGAGUAUGCGCAAUGUUUGCGAGUCAUCGAAAAAUCAACGAUUUGCAUACAUCUCACAAUCCGAUCUUCACAAAGUGUUUCCCGCAUCAAAUACUUUCGCAGUGCAGGCUCCUCCAGGAACAAAUGUAGAGGUACUUCCGCCAAAGUUUGGUGCUGUUAUCGAUACCCGUUACCUGCUUCGUAUGUCAAGUUCCUGUGGGCCUAUCACUGCAGUGUUUGCCAACAAGGAAGAAGGAAGGCCUAGGGUUUAUAGAGCAGUGGUUGACUCAUCCCGCUAUCAUCCUGUUGAACAAGAUCUUUAUUCAAAUGAUCCUGGGCCAAUUGUCGAAGAAGAUAUGGAUGAUUCGGUAGCUUCCUCGAGAAGACGGCGGAUAGAAGAGGUGAAAGGAGCCUCUGGUCGUACUUACCGCGUCAAUCCUGCUGGUCAGAGUGCUGAAAAUGAUACUUCUGCUGAAUGUGCAAUCGUACAAGUGCUUCCUCCUCCCAACCAUGAGGAUUACCAAUUUCGAGUCAGGAAUUACAGUAGUGCAUUUGAUCUUUUCGUGGAUGAGAUGUAG